CAUCAACACCAGACAAAGCUACCGCGCGGUAAUGGCAGCAAACGCGUUCCUCCACGCUUCAAAACUCACGAUAACUACUCCAUUCUUUGAGAUAUCUUCAGUAAACACUCGUUUAUCCCCAGAUCAACUUUGACCUGUGGGACACGAACACCCGGUAGCCGUAGUCGCGAAGCUUCACCUCCACAGCUCCUCCACGCUUCCACGUUGGCCCACACAUACCUACCUGUCCGCACGCACGCACACACCCAACACGGACUCCCGUACCCACGGCUCAUCAGACGUUGCCAUCUGUUAGCGGUGCGACAUGUCGACUGCAGCCGUUGCCCGGCCCUCGCAGGCCCUCCGCCAACGAUCGCAACGGCCCAGCCUGGCGCGCACGAAUCUGCCCAAGACAAACACCGUAGAGGACGCGGCUUCGAGAGGAGGGGAGGUCCGCUUUGUAUGGACGCAAGAUGAUAUCCUCGCCAAAUUCAAGGGACGGAACCCCUCACUACGCGUCCAUUUGUACGCAACCCAUUUCCGCCUCAACGACUCUCAAGAGUCGCUAUCAUAUGGUUCUCCUAUGUCGCAGCUGCUUCAGCAUAUUCGACUUAAGACGGUGCCACAUAACAUGCUUGAAGAGCUGUAUAUGUUCGACAUCCCGUUCUACGAUGGUUGCAUGAUUGUUGAGUUGUACGACUACAAUUCCAAUAGCGAUGACGGCAAGAAAGCGUCAGGUAACUCCAGCGAAGCGAAUAAGAAACCCUUCUCUAUCCACAAUUACAACAACUUUAUCACGCCGUCUCCAUCUGUGCCCUAUCCGCAGAAACCCUCGGCCAAAGCCGACCAAAAUGAUAAAGGCUCGGACAAUGCAAAUGACAGAGCCGCCGACAAGGAAAGCAUGGGCGCCCCAGGACAGCGAACCUCACAAAAGCUGCCGCCCAGACCCACGGUCACAACUGUGGUCCUUUUCCCCACCCCUUCCACAACUUUAACAGACAUGCAACUACUGGCUACCACGCCAGCAGCUGAUCUCCAAGCCUUUCGCAGGAACCAGGCUGCUGGAAGGGCGACAGGUCACCCGCCCACUCCGCUUACCGCGGUGCCCCCUACUCCGACUUUGCAACACGGCCGCAGCCCAAAGAGGCCUAAGAUGAUGGUCGACGAGAGCAACGCCUACGACUUCGAAGCGGCAGUCUACCUUGAGCAACCCAUCAAACUUCACCUUGAACCGACCAGGAAUUUGAUGGAGUCCGUUGCCCUCAUGGACGCCGUAACGCAUCCCAACAACAAGAAUCCGGCGCCAGCACGUGAAACUAGGAAACGUACCGUGGCCGAGCUGGCCGCCGAUGAGGCAGAAGCGGCUGAUAUCCAACGCUUUAUGCUCGCUGGAGACGAAUUCCAGGUGACCAAGAUUGCUGCUGCGGCAGGUGGAGAGGAUAGCGCGGCCGCCAUCCGAGAUCCAAACUAUCAGAACUUUUCUCGCUUCAAGACGAUCGAAAACAUCAAAGCAAUCCACGAGGAACAGUCGAGGCGCAAGAGGGAAGAAGAAGCCAUCCAAGCUCAAGCAAAGAGGCAAUUGCAAGAGCAGGAAGCGAGGAAGCGGAAGAUGGAGUUGGAGCGACAAGCCGAGGCGAACGCAGCUAAGCGGAACGAACUGCUUAGGCAACAACAACAGCAGCAGUCGAUCCAUCAAGAUCAGGCGAUGAGAGCAGCAAGCCAUGCUCAGCAGAUGACAGGAGCCGGUGCAGUCCAACAGGCCCCUCAACAAGCGGCCACCCAACCUCAAUUCUCCUCUCCUGUCGUGCGACAGCAGACCCCAAUGGCCGCGGCAGCCUCGCCGCAUAUCGGAGCCCACGUCUCCCAUGCCAUGGGCGGCACCCAGAUGAUGGCAACGUCAUCAAGCCACGGUGCGGCCGGAAGUCCUGCUCGCCCACCCUCGGUGGUGUCGCAUCAUCCUGCUGCUAUGGCUCGGAGCGUGAGUCAGCAGCAAAACCAGCCCAUGAGCCGUACGGGCACCCCUCAGAUGGUUCAAGGAACGCCCAUUAUGAAUUCGGCUGGCCUCGCUCGCAACAUGGCUGCAACUCCUCAACCACGGGUCAACCAAGGAAGUCCGACUGGAGUUAUGCCGGGGCAGACGCCCGUGAUGAUGCAGACGCCGCAGCUCAGCGCUGGUCAGGGAAUGACGCCGGAGCAGAUGCAGCAGUACCAGGCAGCACAGUUACAGCAACAGCGCCUGCGUAUGAUGCAGCAGCGGGGGGUACAAAUAGCGCCAGGCCAGAGCGUGUCUCCCCAGCAGUUUGCAAUGAUGAAAGCAGCGAGCCACAUCCAGCAGCACGGUGUUCCUCAAGGGCAAGAUCCAACACAGUACAAGCAAAUGCUUGCUACGCAGUACUUCAAACAAAUACAGCAACAACAAGCACAGAAUGCGCAGCAAAUGCACUUGAAUGGUCAGGCUGCAAGUAUGGGUGGCCAACAGGUCGGAAUGAACAUGGGCCAAGCCGGGAUGAACCCGAAUGUGGUCAACCAGCAGGCGCAGCUCAAUCUUGUCAAUCAACAACUCCAAUCGUUGAGGCAGCAACUCAGCCAACGCAAACAAUCGCUCCUCAACAACUUCGGAAGCCCGCAAGCCAUCCCAGUGCAAAUGAAUCAGCAGCUGGCUCACAUGGAGAACAUGGUGCGACUCAAGGAAAACGAGCUUCGCCUCCUCAUGAGCGGUGCUGGCCAGAACCCAGCUCAAAUACAGCAGAUCCAGGCGAUGCAACAACGUGCUCAGCAAGCGAGACAACAACAGAUGAUGAUGAUGCAACAGCAGCAGCAGCAGCAGCAGCAGCAACAGCGCGCGGGCCUGAAUAUCAAUGCAAACCAGAUGCCGCAGAACAUGAUGAACAACAUGGGUAUGAUGAACAAUAUGGCAGCGAUGAACAUGCAGAACAUGCAGAACCUGCAGGGCAUGCCGCAGAGCAUGCAGGGGAUGCAGGGCAUGCAGGGCAUGCAAGGAAUGCAGGCGAUGGGCGGAAUGAAUAUGCAGAAUAUGGGGAUGAAUAUGGCGCAGAUGCCUCAGAUGCAGCAGCAACAGAUGCACAUGUUGAUGAUGCGGCAGCAACAGCAGAUGAGGAAUCAACAGCAGCAGCAACAGCAGCAGCAACAACAGCAACAGCGGCCGCAAGGCGAUGCCAGUGGUAUCGAAUGGUCAGGCGUGAACUAGGAGACACGCCAUUCACAGUUCUACGGGCGUUGGAAACAUUUGGUCGGCUGGGAUUGUCUUAGAUGAUACCCCGGGAUCUAGCAUCUAAAGGAGUUCGGCAUGUCUAUAUUUAUGGAAUGUGACGGAUACGGCGCCUGGGUUACAUUAACGGUCAUAUGGAUUGAUUGGGUCUGGAAAAGUUUUCUUCCGCAUUGUUGAUACAAUGGUGCAUGGCUUAUGAGUUUGCUAUUUAGAUGGACGGUUGAGACAAUGUGAAAUGUAAACUGC